UCUUACGGAAGUAUGACCCUUUCUUAAGAUGGAAGGUGUUGAUGUGAAUACUCCCUGGCCUAUAUAUGCAUAUAUUAUGUAUGUAUAUUAUUAAAUAAAUCAUGUAUAUAUAUAUCCUUUAAAUCCAGGAUUAAUUCACCCAUGAUUUCUUGCCGUCGUGAUGGUCGUGAUUCGCCACCAAAACAACCCUUCACCACAACCUCCGCCGCCACAGACCACCAUGGACUCACCCAAGCUUGAUGAUGAAGAAACCACUACUAGGUCUGACGACUCAUCCGUCACCACCUUGGAAGCCAUGGGAACCGCCACUUACGCCACCGGGACGGCUCUCACUUCAUCGUCCACCAAGCCGCACGCGACCUCCAGGGACCCAUACUGGACGGCCAUGUGCGGAGUCCUAUCGGAAACCGCGGCGCUCAGCCUCGACGACUUCCGCUUCAUCCGGAAGCUCGGCGGCGGCGACAUCGGCACCGUGUACCUGGCGGAGCUGAAGGGGUCGGAGGGGUGCCUGUUCGCGGCGAAGGUGAUGGACAAGGAGGAGCUGGUGAGUCGGAAUAAAGAGAGCAGGGCGAGGACGGAGAUGGAGAUAUUGCGGAGGCUGGACCACCCUUUCUUGCCCACUCUCUACACUACGCUCGACUCCGAUCAGUGGCUCUGCUUGGUCAUGGAGUUCUGCCCCGGCCGAGACCUCCACGUCCUCCGCCAACUCCACCCGGAAAAACGGUUCGACGAUGCCGCCGUCCGGUUCUAUGCAUCGGAAGUGGUGGUUGCGUUGGAAUACCUGCAUAUGAUGGGGAUCAUCUACCGUGAUCUAAAGCCGGAAAAUGUGCUCGUCCGAUCCGACGGUCACAUAAUGCUCACCGAUUUCGAUCUCUCGCUCAAGUGCGACGACUCAAAGUCGAUCCCGCAGCUCGUUCACGACCAAGCUUCUCCGGCGACAGAUCGGCAAUCAGGCGACCGCCGCGCGAAAUCGACCGCGUUUUUCAAAUCGACGUGCAUCCUGCCGUACUGUGCAGCGCCGCCGCACGCGCCGUGCUUUCGCCUCAGGCAGAAGCGGAGGAGGAGGCGGCGGGCGGGGCCGGUGGUGGUGGCGGAGCCGAUCGACAUGCGGUCGAUGUCGUUCGUCGGGACGCACGAGUACUUGGCGCCGGAGGUGGUGACGGGGGAGGGGCACGGCAACGCCGUGGACUGGUGGACGCUAGGGAUUUUCAUCUACGAGUUGUUGUACGGAACGACGCCGUUCAGAGGGCUUGAGGACGAUUUCACACUGUCCAAUAUUGUGGCGAGAUGCCUUGACUUCCCCAAGGAUCCAGUGGUUCCUGGCGCAGCUAAGGAUCUGAUCGCAAAGCUCUUAAUCAAGGACCCCAUCCAGAGGAUGGGGUCCACAAUGGGGGCCACAUCCAUCAAACACCAUCCCUUCUUUGAUGGGGUGAAUUGGGCACUGUUGAGAUGCGCAUCUCCACCGUACAUUCCUCAGCCUUUCAAUCACAAGGAAUUUGUAUCAUCUAGUGAUCUUGAUGCUUCUAUAGAGUAUUUUUGAUUUGUUUAUUUUAAAUAAUCGAAUUUCAAUUCUUUUGUCAGUGAAAAGAAAUCAUGUUUUACACAUAAAUAUGCUAUAAAGUGAAUUUUAGAGUACAUUUAUUAC